AUGCCGAUCCAAAUUCUCUACCUUUCUGUAAAAAGGCUCAACAUUUGUCACAGAUCCAAUGUCAAACAUGUCAGAAACAGAAUGUUUUUUCUGAAAGAUGUUGGUACCUUUUUCAGGACUGAUAGAUCAGACAUUACACCAAUCGUAUCAGCUAUUCUAUAUCAGGAUAAAUUUCAGACACAAAAUGUCCUCAAGCCCAGUGACACCAGCCCCCAACAAGUUCCCCAGACUAGCGACAUCAGCUACCAACAAGUCCCCAAGACUAGUAACAUCAGCUACCAACAAGUCCCAAAGACUAGUGACAUCAGCUACCAACAAGUCCCCAAGACUAGUGACAUCAGCCCCCAACAAGUUCCCAAGACUAGUGACAUCAGCUACCAACAAGUCCCCAAGACUAGUGACAUCACUAGUAACAUCAGCUACCAACAAGACCCCAAAACUAGUGACAUCAGCUAUCAACAAGUUCCCCAGACUAGCGAAAUCAUCUACCAUCAAGUCCCCAAGACUAGUAACAUCAGCUACCAACAAGACCCAAAGACUAGUGACAUCAGCUCCCAACAAGUCCCCAAGCCUAGUGACAUCAGCCCCCACCAAGUUCCCAAGCCUAGUGACAUCAGCCCCCAACAAGUUCCCAAGACUAGUCACAUCAGCUACCAACAAGUUCCCCAAGACUAG